AACAAGGAUUCAAACACCGACUGUGCCGAAGGCCUAUGCUCCCAGAGACUGAUGACUAGGAUAAAACCAGGAGGGACUUAAGCUCACGUAUGUACAAUGAGUCCGGCGACCAAACUCGACUCUCUCCACAUUACUCCAGGCAAGUGCAAGAGUUACCAUGGCUGAUUCCAAAGACAUUUGGCUCUGGUAGUGGAAACUGGGAAGCAAUGGCGAAAUGAGAGAGCAUAAAAUAGAAGAUGCUGGUAUAGUGUAUGUAACUGAAAAAAAAGAAGAAAUCAAACAUGACAAAAAACCUGGAAAAAGUAUACAACAGUCAAAACCAUGUGUCGGGAGAGGACGUGUAUAUUAUGCGAAAUUCAUUCAUACAAAUGCAAGAACAUUCAAUGAACCAGUUCCCUACAUAGAUCCCAAAAAAGGGCCAGAAAAGCAGGGUGACUGGUGGUCACAUGGUAAAAGACUGGAGCAUCCCUUCCAACCAUCUUAUGACACUAAGAGCACCCAGAGGAGUGACUUUCAAAAACCAGCAUGUCCAUUGGUUUUGCCAGUCAAACACAGCAAGUUGCAAAAGCCUUCUUGUGGAAUAGUUCCACUUGCCUCUCCUGAUGCAUCAGAACUUCAAAAGAAUUUUAUACAGCACAUCUCUUUUUUACAUCAAUAUGAUGCUAGGAAAAAUCCCAAUGAGCCCAUCCGGGGAAAGCGACAUGGAGCUUUUGUGCAGACAGAGAUAAAACCAGGGAGUAGGCCAAUAGUUCCUACGGGAACAGAGGUAUUACGGAAUGCUCCGGGGUCAUGCUCAUCAGAAGUGUCCAAAAAAACAGAGAAAGGAAACUCAGCGGAAAGCAAAAUGAUCUCACCAGGUCUCUGCCGACAAAAUUCCCCAGAGCUGUCAGAGACUGAAACUCCCUUAUCAGAAACAGAUGUCAGAGAGGCAGCCAAGGCAUGCCCCCGAAGUCCUGAGAAAAGGGAGAAGGUCGCAGACAUCUUCCAAGUAACUGCAGUAAACGUUCUUCUCCCCAGGCAUGAUCGUUUCAAUCCACCAAUAAAAAGUCAGGAUAAGUCAGGAUAAAUUACCUUCUUCAGAUAAAAAUCUAAUCCUUGGAAUGGAGAGAAAUUGCAGAAUCCCACAAACCAUCACAGUUGCUUUUUCUGUUAUCAAUAACCUCAAAAAAUUCAAUUUACAUAAAUGGGAAAAUGAAAAAAGACAAUUAAAAUUUACCAAAAAUUUAAGAGUGGUCUCUAAUGAGUGGUGGAUAAUGAGACAUAUUUCUAAGUCAUAUUAUUUAUAACCAAACAAUUUUGUUUUUCACAAAAAUGAACAUAAUUAACAAAUAUAAAACUUUUAUGAGAGGCUCUAUGGGAUAGUCAUUCUCUGGAAUCAAAGCAGGGUUGGAAUUUUGCCUCUACAUCUAUGAGCUGUGUGACCUUGGGUAAAUUACUUAACCUUUCUAGACUUCAGUUUCCUCAUCUGUAAAAUCAGGAUAAUAGCGAUUUCCCAAGGUUAAUGAGCAUGAGAUUAUAUACAUUGAUCAGUUAAGUAACCAAUGUGAUUACAUUAUCACUAUUACUAUAAUUAAAUUUAAAGAUAAUGUUCUCCUAUAACCUUAAAUUUUCCUCCUUAUUCUAAAACUUUUAGUCCCUCUGUAUACAAUUAAGAGUGUGAAAAAUCUGGAAACAUUUCUCCUGGUACUAGUUACACAAAUGUGCACGCACGCACGCACACACACACAUACUCUUAAUUCAAGGACAUAUGGAUACCUAGAAUAUAAAAAUAUUUCCUAAGUUGUUUUCUAUUUUACUUAGAUCACUUCUAGCACUAACUCCAUCUUUGCUUUUUACAAGAGUUUGGCGUGGUUAAUUCUACCAGCUCUUCUAUUUGGCACAUUUGGUGUGCCAAAAUGUAUGUAUCAGAGGCUGUGUUCUGUUGCACACAAGUGGAGUAGGUGGAAUAUCUCUCUGCUGCCAAAAGAGUAUUUAUAUGCUCAGCAAAUUUCCAUGGCAAUAUAUCAGUCGCACACUAUUAUCUGUAGUGUUGAUAAGACAAUAGGUGUAUCUUUAUCCCUUUUUUUCCACUAAAGAAAUUUUAAUAGACUGCAAAUGAAUGAAUGUCAUUAUUAUAAAUUUGUGUAUUGGGGACUUUCAGUUCUUACAGCAGAUUAAGGGUAAUAGUGAGCCCCUUUCAUUACACACACCUUGAAAUGCUGAAUAAAAUAAAACAACAAAUAAAUAUAUAGCCAAGGUCACAAAACAGAGAAACCCUCAAAUAAGAACUUGCUUAUUUGUCUAUCAAUAUACACCUUAAAGAUCUUUUGUGUAGAGUACCUCGUUAUUUUAAGAGCUGCAUAGUCUUCCUUAGUAUAGAUAUACUAUAGAAUUGAAGCACAAAGAAUGCAAGCUUCAGUGUAUGUGUGGGAAAGGGUGGGGGGAAGUUUGAUAGCAAAUAUGGAAAGAGGUCUUAAAGGCUAAGGACUUGAAGUUUUUUAAAGAUUUUUAUUUAUUUAAUAGAGAGAGCACAAGCAGGGGGAGCAGGAGAAGGAGAAGCAGGUUCCCCGCUAAGCAGGGAGCCUGAUGCGGGGCUCAAUCCCAGGACCCUAAGAUCAUGACCUGAGCCGAAGGCAGCUGUUCAACUGACUGAGACACCCAGGCACCCCUUGAUGGAAUCUUAUGGCCUCCAAAAUAGAGUUAAGAUUGAAACCUGCAUAAAGCUAGAACCCUCAAAUAGUUGGCCUAUCUUGGUACAAGGCAGACUAGAAGAACUUCACUUGUAUAACCAGGCAGACAGCAAAAAAGUUUGCCUCUUCCUACAGCUAUAUAUAGUGGUUAAAAUAUUUGUAAGAAAGUAAAACCUCAAGCUUGUGCCACAUUCCAGUUUGGAAUAUGAAUUUACAUGCAGAACAUCUUAUAGGACAGAAAAUUAACAUAAAAAUUAGUCCUGCUGGUGAAAUGCAAAUGCAAAACUCCCCUAGAGAGAGAUUUCCACAAUCCACAGAAGAAACAGUCCCUGCUAAAGGUAAGGUCACAAACAAAAAUUACAGAUCACAAAAAAGAAAACCAAACCGAGUAGGAGUCUGCAGUAUAACAAAGAGAAUGGUUAAACCUCAGAAUUAGAGGUAGUAGAAUUUAAAUACUUUCAACUUGAAGGUACUUGCCUUUCUUUCAUUCUGGAAAAUUUUACUCUGUAGCCUUUCUAUUAUUUCCAUCCCCUCCAUUCUCUCUCUUCCCUCCUUCUGGAACAGCUACCAGCUGAAUGAUGGAACACUCAGAUUUAUCUUCUAUAUGUCCUAACUUUUCUCUCAUGAUCUUUUUCAUGGUACUUUACCAUUAAGUAAUGCAAGAAUCCCUUGACACCAAUUUUCUACUAAUUUGCUUUUCAGCCAUGUCAAUUGUUAUACCAGGCCAUCUAUGGAAAACAUUUUUUAAUUAGUAUUUUAUUUUUUAAUUUCUAAGAUCUAUAAAUGCUUCCUUAAUACAUAAGACUCUUCCUAUAUUAUGGAUAUGAUAGUUUCUCUUAUCACUCUUAGAACAUAAUAAAGCUUAACAUCUUAAUUGUUAAUUUUUGUUUGUUGAGCAUGAUGCCUCAAUUUCUUGGUAUUAUACUUUUUUCCCUCAAAUGUGUGGUGAUUCUUGGUUGUAUACUCUUCUCUGAUUAUGUGAUUUUCAGAUCCCUAUCAGUGUAAACUGUUUCUGUCUGCUGCACCUGACUUUGGGACAGGGUUAGGAUAUGAGUCAGACAUGAUCUGAAGAUGAUUUGUGUGAUGGGAUUUUUGACGUUCAUGGAGGUCAGUAGCUACUUGAGCACUGGCCUGUUUUUCUAGCCCUAGUGUAUGAGUCAAUUCAUCCACAGCUGCCCAGCACUUAGCACAUGCAGAACAGGGAGGGGUUACUAAUUUGCUGCUCCACGUGCAGUUUCCUAAUUUUUCAAAUUGAUAAAUGCCCCAGACCCCCUUCCACUUCUUAAUAUCCAUUAGCUCUAAAAAAUAAAAAAAAAUAAAAUAUCCAUUAGCUCUAAGCUCGUAGUUCUAUCCAACCUCCCUCUACAGCAGUCAUCUCUAGACAUGCGUUGGUUUUUUUUGUUUUUUUAAGAUUUCAUCUAUCUACUUUAGAGAGAGAGUGUGUAUGUGUUGGGGGAGGAACAGAGGGGAAGGGAGAGGAAAAAUGAGAGAAUCACAAGCAGACUCCACACUGAGCACAGAACCCCAUGCAGGGCUUGGUCCCACAACAUCCUGAGACCACAACCAGAGACCAAGAAUUGAGUCACCCAGGCACCCCUCGGUUUUUCUUUCAUUUAGUUUUGUUCCUCCAAACAUUUGUUCUCUGGUAAUAUCUUUUAGAACUUAAUAAAAAUCUAUUUCUUCUGAUAGUAGGUUUCCCUGGUUUCCAAUGCUAUUAAACUAUAUUUUAUUAUUAUCUAUUUACAUGUAUUUUUGUGAGAUUUAGUGGGCAGUAAGUGGUAGAUGUGUAUGACCAGUCUGCCAUCGUGAAUCAUUCUCUAAUUUUCUUUUAAGUAAAUCAUUUGCAAACUUAGUACUGUGGCCAUUAGUAAAUCACAGAUUUUCUGCAAUAGACCUCACAAUUGACUGGCAGGCAUUAGGUAAGAAUUGUCAUAGUCCUUCUGUCUUAGGGAAUGUGUUUUAGUGAGAGAUGGAGGGUCUGGGGCCAAACAGCCCAGUUAGUGGACUACUACCAUAGGCUAGAUUGGUGGUUCUCAACAUUUCCAAGUAUAAGGACAUGUUUUCUGCAUUUAAAAAAAGUUUAUUGUUCCUUACAAAGUGUAAUUAAACUUUUAGUAUCCAUUGUUUGAGAAAACACAUAAUAACAAAAUGCAGUGAUGAUUUCCAGGUUCAAUUAUCUGGUUUUUUUAACUGCUAAGGGUGUGUCUCUCCACAAUGAAUUCCAUAGUCUAUUAAAGUUAUAACUGCCUAUUGGUACAAAUAGUGCUCUUAAAUUUCACAAGAAUAUUUGAAUAUUUUCAAGUUGUCCCUUUAUUAGUAUUUUCUUAGAAUUAUAGCUUUUACCAGGAUGAGGAUUGUUUUCUGCUUAACAAAGGGGAAAAAAAAAGUCCUUCAUAAAAUUUAAUAUUUUAAAAAAUACCUUAAUGAAUGAGCUAAUGGUUUUUAGUCCUUAACGUUGCUAUUAAUACCAUAAAUCUUUGUGUGUUUUAAGGUUUAAAGCAGUUUCCAAUCUAUUAUCUCAUUGGAUCUUUACAAUAAUCCUAUGGAGCAGGGAAAAUAAUACUAUGUAUGUCAGUCUUCCAGCUAAUUAAUAGACUCAGAGAACUUAAAUAAUUUCCCCAAGUUGGCAGUUAGCAAGCAACAAAACCAGGGACAGAACCUAAGUUUCUCAGUGCUCUGUCCAUUCAUUCUCAAAUGUCAAUGCACAGGACAAUGCUGGCCCAUUGCAAACAAAAAAACAAGGUUAAGGAGUAUAAAAGCAAUUUCAAAACUUUUAUUAAGAGAUUGUCACUUUACUGCUUUUUGGGAUUCAAAAUGCUCUCUGUUAGACUUCUUAUCACUAUGAUGGACUAAGUUGAUGUGGGAAGCACCUAUCAUACCUACACCAACAAAGGCUCGAUAAACAAAAACAUUCAAAAUACACAACUAAGCACUAAAACAAGAAAGCAAAAUCCUCAGGUGCCAGAAAAAAAGAGAACACUAAAAAGUAGUGAUCAAGAGGUAAGGUUAACUAGGCAACUGCAGAAGUGGAAUCAGAAGUUGAGCUUAGGAGCUACAAUGGGAGUUGAGGCCCCACGUGCAAUGGAGCUGAAGCUCAGCUGUUGUGAAAAGGAUUCUAGAAUCUCUCUCCCAUUAGCCUGAGAAUUAGGGGGUGAAGCAAACUGAUUACCUCCCAGACAACACACUUCCCAAACUAAGCUGUGCACAAAGUAGGAGCCACAGGUGUAUUCCUGAGAAGUAGCACAGAAAACGCAAACCAAAAAACCCUGAGAAUCAAAGAUCCAGAAGAAUCAGAGAAACCCAAAGGACCCUGGUAUAGACAAAAGACAAAUACACUACUGCCCCAUAGUCACACUCUACAAUCCUGGGGACAUGAGACACCGUGGAAAGAAAUACCUAAAGAUGAGAUGGAAAAUACCUAUCUUCCAGCGGAGGGAGUUAGCAGAAUUCAUACCCUAAGAUUUACAGACAACAGAGCAAAGAGACUAUAAAGUAAGUAAGCUUAAAUGAUUCUGGACAUAAAAGAAUAAAAGCUAUACAGAAAAACCAGAACAGCAUAAAAAAUAAGAGGCAUAUUUCAGGGGGGGAAAUAAGCUAUAGAAAUUCCAAAGAUAAAAAAUAUAUCAUUUUUUCAAAAUUUAGUAGAUUAAAAAAAAUUUUAAAACUUUGUAGACUAAACAUAGCUUAAAAGAAAGUUGGAAGGCAAAGUUGAAAUCUCACAGAAUGAAACACAAAAAGAUAAAAAAGAAAUAUUAAAAAGAAAGAGGCACAGAGAAAAUAGAACAUUACUAAGUGUUCCAGAAGGACACAAUAGAGGGAAUAUGAGAGAAAUCUGCAAUAAAAAUGGCUAUGAUAGAGACUGCUACCUGUUCCCAAUAACCAGUCUCCCCCUCUGCCCUUUUCACAGAAUCACCCAUUUUUAGCUAAGAACCAGGCUGCCCAGAAUAAAGACAAUAUUUCCCAGUUUACCUUAUACCUGGAUUGGCUAUAUGACUAUGUUCUAGAAUGUAACCAAAACAGCAUGUACAACUUCCAGAAAUGUCCUUAAAGAAGUAGGAUUUUUCUCUCUACUUUUUCUUUCCUAGUAGCUCAAAUGCAGAUGGUAUGAUUUAAGUUUGAUUAGAGAAUCUACUUGCUGAGAAUGAAUGGUGGAACAAUAAAAUAAAAGGGUCCCUGAGCCCCUGACACCAUCAAACACCACCUGGAGAGCCUCAUCUAUGUGAAAAAGAAAUAAACUUCUAUCUUGUAGGAACCACUUUGAUUUAGAGUUGUUUUUAAAACCACUUGCAGCAGAAUCUAAUUGUAACUUCUGAUUGAGAAUUUUCUACAAUUAAAGAUGGGAGUCUUCGAUUUAAGGGAGCGAAAUGAAUUUUGAGCUAGAAAAAAUGAAAUUAAAUCCACACAUGGACACAGAAUAAUAAAACCACAGAACAUCAAAUGUACAGAGAAAAACUUUAAAAGCAAAUCAGAGAGAAAAGAGAUUGUUGCCCAUAAGGAAAGACAAACUUCUCAGCCAGAAUGAGAGAUACAAGAAGAAAAUGGAAUAAUACCUUGAAAAUGUUGAAAGGCAGUAAUGCUCAACAUAGAAUUCCAUGCUUAGCUAAACUAUAAGUCAAGAAUGAGGACAAAAUAUGGACAUUGCCAGACAUACACAUUUUAGCAAUAAUAGCAAGUACAUAUAUAAUACAACUUUAUAAGGCACGGUUCUAAGUGCUUUAUAUAUUUUCACUCGUAAUCUGCACAACAAGCCUCUGAGGUAGAUACUAUUAAUAUUAGUAUAUUAAGGAUGAUGUAACUGAGAUACAAGGAGGUUAAGUAACUUGACCAAGGUUACACAGCUGGUAAGUGGCCAAAUUGGGAUUCAGGCCCAGGCAUCCUGUUUCAGAUUCUGUGGUUUUAAUCACUCACAGAAUAGAGUUUUUUACUCACAGAUCUUCAAUGAGAUCACUACUGAAAUCAUUUAAAAUAUUAGUAUGGUGCUCGCUUUGGCAGCAUAUUUGCUAAAACUGGAACAAUACAGAGAAGAUUAGCAGGGCCCCCGUGUGAGGAUCACAUGCAAAAGACUGGUAUGGAACCUGGACAGAACAAGUAGGAUGUAAGCAGAAAAACAAGAAAACUAAAUCAGCGAAUCCUAUGGAUCAAUUUAUGUAUUGACUACAAAAAUGUUAUUUCAUGAAAUAAUUCCGAUAUUAGAUUCUAGGGGACUUUUUCCUCUUGUAGUGUCUUUAUUUGGCAAAAGAAAAUAUUUGGCUACUCUAUGUCAAUUCCCCCCAAAAUUUUGGUAAUUUUCCUAGUCUGUGAAAUCAUAGUCUGGCAACCAUUGAUCUAUUGUGCAACAAAGGCUUUUUGUUUUUUGUGUUUUUUUAAAGCAAAUUUGCAAAGUUAAUUACUGGUGUGUCAUACCAAAAAAUAUUUAUUGGUAUUAGUAUAUUUUGUUAUUUGUAUUCAUUCUGUGAGGACAGGCUGCAUGUAACCAUUAGUGAGAAUCGCUAUUUUCCUCAAACACUGCUCCUCAAACACGGCUCCUUUGAAGGCCAUGCUAUAAAUCAAAAUGUAACAAAGGAGAAAAAAAACCCUUUCCACCACAGAAACUCACUGCUAACUUAUUAAGGUUUAUGGAGAAAAUGCUUUUUGUUGAUAAAUUAUAUCAAGGUGAUCUACAGUAUUUCAGCCCAGAAGGCAGAGCCCAGUGCUGUUACAUGCCCACCAAAAUCAAAGAUGGGUAACCACACAGAACACUUCUGAAGGAGUGAAUUUUGUGAGAAAUAGAGAAUAUAUGUUACUUUUUACUUGUAAUAAUAACUAUUAUAAAAUUUUCUUCAAAUUACUCUGUAAACUUUAUAUGCUGUAGAUUAAGAAAGCCAAAGGUUUUACUUUUAAGUAAUUUUAUAGGUCUCACACAAUUUUCCCACUCUCUAGUCUACCUUGCAUCAGAAAGAGAUACCCCAAAAAUGGUCCCCAGAGUUCCCAGCAAUUUGCUUCACAAUCAUAGGCAAAUGAUUUGAAAAAAAUGUAUGACCUAGCACAAUUUCCAUGGCUAGAAUCUUAAUUGUGGCAGUAAAAGAAACCGAAUUUCCAGAUUAAGUUCUCUGUAAAAACAAUUUAAUUUUUUAGGGUGCUAUUAUUAUUUCUUGCUUUGCUUUUUUGUUGUUGUUGUUAAGAUUUUAUUUACUUAUUUGAGAGAGAGAGACAGAGAGCACAAACAGGGAGGACAGGAAGCAGGCUCCCCAAUGAGCAGGGAGCCCUAUGCGGGACUCGAUCCCAGGACCCAGGGAUCAUGACCUGAGCCAAAGGCAAAGACUUAACCAACUGAGCCACUCAGGCACUCCUUUGCUUUUGUUGUUUUAUGAGUCUGUGUGUUUCACUGUGGAAGGAGUUGAGAAUAUUGAGAAGGUAUUUUUUUUAAUCUUUUUUUUUAAAAUUUGACAGAGAGAGACACAGUGAGAGAGGGAACACAAGCAGGGGGAGUGGGAGAUGGAGAAGCAGGCUUCUCAAGGAGCAGGGAGCCCAACGCGGGGCUCGACCUGAGCCGAAGGCAGAUGCUUAACGACUGAGCCACCCAGGCGCCCCUUGAGAAGGUAUUUUUAAGCGUCAGCCUAUAAAGUAAAGAUUCCCUUGAAAGUCCCCUAUAUAGUCCAUGAUGUCCAGUAUACAAAAUUUUGUAUACAGUAAUUCUUAUAUACACUAAAAAAUAUCACUGAGCUAUGGGACAAAAGGAAAAUCCCUAUCAGAUGUCUGCCUACCUGCAGGGUUUCCUCCAUCCUGUUUUUAUAUUAGGCUUUUAUAACCGUAGUACAUGCUUGUGUAUUGAAGGAUUAACCUUGCCCAAAGAGAGGUCUGGCUUUUGCCCUUGACUUCUGUGAGGCAACUUCUAAGACAUUGGAAUGUCCUGCUUGAUAAGAGUGUCUUUGUUUAUCUGGGGACCCUGGGCCAUGCCAGAAAGUCUAUGCUGACAAUGCAAUUUUUGGUGGGGGGAGAGGUCUUGGGCCACAUAGUAUUAGUUUGACCUCUGGAGGGGCUGGAGAUUAAGGUCAGCCAGGUUGGCAGUCAACCAUGACUAUAGGACCAAGCUCAAUUAAACACUCUGGACGCCAAAACUCAGCAAGGCAUCCUAGUUGGUAAUAUUCCAUGUGUUUCAUCACACGUUACUGAGAGAAGUUAGCACUGCUCACAACUUCACUGAGAGAAGACAAAUGGAAGUUCAUGCUUGGAAUUCUCCUGGACUCUGCCCCAUGUGCCUCUUUUCUCCACUGAUUUCAAUGUGUAUCCUUUCAUUGUAAUAAACCACAACUGUGAGUAUAAGAGCUUUUAAUGAGUUUGGUCCUUCUAGCAAAUUAACAAAUGUGAGGGUGGUCGUGACAACCCCCAGAUUUGAUGUCAGAAGUCAGGCUGCACUUGGGGAUUCUCAAACCUUGCAAUACAGAUUUAUUUGUGAAAAUUAAGUAAGAUGAUGACAUCUACAGUGAAAACCCUUGGUAAUGUGGAAUCUCUCACCAUAUUAAAGUUGAAAUAUUUGAUAAAAGUUGAUAAUAAAUUG